CAAGUGCUGUCGACCAUGCUCAACUCCCCAGAAACAUCAACUUCGUUCUCCUCCCAGGCAACUGUGUCCCAGCCCUCCACUCAAGUGAUGACCAUUGAGGACCAGGCAUCAGCUUCUCCAUUUACUGAGCAACCUGUAAUUCUCCUGGAAGACCAAGAAGAGCCACCUGAGUCUCCACAACAUCCACCAGAGUUGCCUUUGGAUGAAACAGAUCUUCAGACUAUAUUAGCAAAACUAUACAGCAAGGUUGAUAUGACUUUCUCUCCUACAAGCAACCAAAUAAAUGUGUGCAGAGACAGGAUUUUAGAAUGGAGCCUGCAUGCCUUCAGAAGACGCCGUUUUGAUCCAGCAGCAAAACUGGAUGUUAUUUUUGUGGAUGAAGAGGACAACGCUGAAGGGGCAGUUAAUGAAGGUGGUCCCACAAGGGAGUAUCUAAGACUGUUAAUGAGGGCCAUUCAUCAAUCUAAUGUCUUUGAGGGGCGUGAGAAUGACCGCCAUCUAGCUUUGGACACUAGUGGGCUGGAGUCAAAAAUGUACAACUGUAUUGGAAAAAUGAUAUCAGUCUGUUUGGUGCAUGGAGGCAUUGGACCACAUUUCUUCUCUCAAAGGCUGUAUGACCAGAUUUGUGGCACAUUGUCUCAACCUACCCUGGUUGAGGAAGUUGUUAACCAUUCAUUCAGACAGCAGUUGAUCAAAAUUCAGGAUACAAACACAAUCGUGGAGGCAAACGAAGCCAUUAUGCAGGCAGCAGAUACCCUGAGCACUGUUGGAGCAUUAAGGCGUGUAACUACUCUGGAAGAGAGGGACUCCCUUGUGCAAUCUGCUGCAGACUUCUUUGUAAAUGGCCGAGUGUGCACUGCAUUGCAACAGUUUAUGGAAGGUUUGAAGACUCUUAAUGUGCUAGACGAGAUUCAGAAAAACCCUGCAGUCUUUCAUGAGUUGUUUGUCUGUAAGGAGAAACCACUCUUGGCACGGGACCUGAACACACUUUUCCAAGUGUGUUUUUCUGUGCAAGGCAGCAAUAAGAGGAGGAUAGAAAAUCAAACCAUAUGCUACUGGAGAGACUGGUUGGUGGAUAUUGAAGAAGGAGAAUGCAGUCCCAUUACCCUUAAAAUGAUACUGGAGUUCGCUUCCGGAGCAUCCACGGUACCUCCACUGGGCUUUCCCCAUCGUCCACAAAUUGAAUUCCUCCAUGAGGCUAACAGAGUCUUCCCAGAAGCAAAUACAUGCCUUGUAGUACUCCGCCUUCCUGUACACCCAGCCUAUGAGUCUUUCACAAAGUACAUGACAGACGGGGUGCUGCAGGCACCUACCUUUGGUGUUGCAUAAUCAGCUAAGUGUAAUAAGUAGUUCUUUUAAAAAAGAGUUCGAACGUUUUGAAAAGUUAAGUGUUUUAAAGCAAGUUAUAGUAAGGGUAAUGUAAUGGCCAAACUUGGAAAAUAUUGAAAUGUAAUGUAAUUGCUUCUUUUUUAUUCUUGCAAAGAAUAGAUGUCUUAUUAACCACUUUUUGGUUUCACAAUUUAAAGGUGGAUGUUUGAGCCACACUGCA